AUGAAUCAGGAACAAUGGCUGGACGAAUGGGAUACGGCAAGUUUGUAUCAAAAAGAAGUUGAAGGAUGCGACAAUUGCGAUGAAAGCUCUCCAAUAUCACAAGACGGAGUAGUCUGCGGACCACUCUUGAGGCUAAAGGGCGUUGAUUACGAUAAUGACAUCUACAGAGGAAGUCUUCUACUAGUGGUCAAAGGUACAAAUCCGCCAGCUGUCAAAUUUGCAGCAGGACAUAGCACCAGCAAUGAAAUCGACAUCGAAAUUCGUCAACUCAAUUCUACACUUAUUCACGAAGAAAAGGAUUUCAGCUUUUUCCGUUAUGACUUUGACUUAAGUUUGCGAGACUUUGAACAAAUGAUCAAAUAUUCUGUCGGAGAUGUAACGAAACCUCACUAUCGGUUUUAUAUCCCAUCAAAGGAUAUGAAUUUCAACACUAUUUCGUACUCUUGCAAUGGGUUCUCGCUUUCGGUUGAUACAACAAAGUUUAAAGGCUCCAUGUGGUUUGAUAUACUGAAAAAACACUCUAACGUACACUACCACGUAAUGCUUGGGGGUGGUGAUCAGAUCUAUUCCGAUUCGGUUAAGCUCUAUUGCCACAAAUUCAAAAAGUGGCUGGAAACCAAAGACCCAAUCGCCAAAUUUAAAGCUAAAUUAACUUCUGAAAUGAAGGAAGAUCUGAACGCAUUUUAUCUUAAGGAAUACAUUGAGUGGUAUGGGUAUGGUUAUUGGAAGGGAGCAACUCCACAAUCAAAAACUACCCAGCGCUGUUUCCCCCUCGCAACAGCUACAGUUCCCUCAAUUAAUAUUUAUGACGACCAUGACAUCAUUGACGGCUUUGGUUCGUAUUCCAAUAGCUUCCAGAGUAAUGAUGUCUUCAGUGGAGUGGGAAAAGCAGCUUACAAGUAUUAUAUGCUCUUCCAGCACCACGUUUCACUUACUGAAAAGAAGGCUUACUCGGAAGAUCCCUCUUGGAUUCUCGGGGCGAAAAAAGGUCCCUAUAUCGGCGAAAAGUCUCAUUCAGUUUUGACCCGGUUAGGCCCAACAUGGGCGUUACUAGGUUUAGACUGCAGGACUGAACGGCAAUUAAGACAAAUUGUGGAUUGGAAAACUUACGACAUCAUUUUCGAUCGACUCGCAAAAGAGGUCGAAAAAGGGAAAUUAGACCACUUAAUGGUAAUGCUUGGUGUUCCGAUCGCUUAUCCACGACUCGUGUGGCUUGAAUGGUUAUUCUCUUCCAGAUUAUUGGCACCUUUGAAAUACCUCUCCAAGAAGGGAGUUUUUGCACGUGGCUUGGUGAAUGAGUUUAACGGAGAUGUUGAGGUUCUUGAUGAUCUAAAUGAUCACUGGUGUGCUCGUCAUCAUAAAAAAGAAAGAAACUACCUGGUUGCCAAGCUCCAAGACUUUGGUGCUAAGUAUGGAAUUCGGAUCACCAUUUUAUCGGGAGAUGUGCAUCUUGCCGCGGUCGGUCGCUUCAGAAGUAAAUUACACAGUCAUCACAUAACCUCCUCUCACGAACAUGAAGUACAAAAAUUCCUAGACGAACCAGAGAAGGAUACACGAUUGAUGUUCAACGUGAUAUCCAGUGCAGUGGUGAAUACUCCGCCCCCAAACGCAAUGGCCGCAUUAUUACAAAAAAGAUCAGGCAUUCAUCACUUCGACUCAGAAACGGACGAGGAUGUUGUACCAUUGUUUCACGAAGACGUUGAUGGCCACUCUAGAAAGAACUUCUCUUUCAUGAAUAGAAGAAAUUGGUCUGAUCUUUUGCCAAUUGCAAAUGUCUUAGCGCAGGAUUACUUACAGCAGGAGUUUCAGCUCUCUGUUGGAGAGCGUUACUUCCCUGGGAUAAUCACUUCAUCCAAAUCUGAAAAAGCAACAAAGAAGGAAAACUCUUCCGACCAACAAGAUGUUUCGUACCCCGCCACGGCCAAGGGGAUGCUAGCAACAAUACAUGUUGAGCAAAAUACACUCAAUGCCGAUUCCGAAAGCGUUGCUUAUUCCGUUGUAAUCCCGGAACUUUCUGUUGUCAAAGACAAACUAUCUCACAAAGGGAUUAAACAUCUCAAUCUGUAA